GGGGCCGGGCGGAGCGUGAGCGGGGUGGGAAUGGCGGAGCCGCUGUUGCGGGGCGCGGAGCCGCUCUGGCGGACCCCCCCGGGCCGCCUCGGCCCCCCGCACGUUUACCGCAUGGCCGGGGUGCUGGGGGCCGAGCUGCGCCGGCUCUCCGCUCGCUUCGGGCCCGAGGCCGUGGCCGGGCUGGUGCCGCCCGUCGUGCGGCUGCUGGAGCUGCUGGAGGCGCUGGUGGCUCCGGCGGGAGCCGCGGAGGAGGCGGCGGCAGCGCCGGGCGGGCAGGACGCGGAGGACCCGGAGCAGAGGCUGUGGGAGGCCGAGCGCCGGGAGCGAGCCCUGCGCGCCUGCCUGGCCCACCUGGAGGAGCAGAACCGGCAGCUCCUGGGGCAGCUCGCCGAGAGCCAGUCCCAGGAAGACAGCACGGUGCGGAAGGAGCGGGAGGUGAUGCUGCGGCUGAAGGAGGUGGUGGACAAGCAGAGGGAUGAGCUUCGUGCCCAAGCCCACGAGAUCGUCUGCAAGAGCCGAGACACGGAGGCGCUGCAGGAGCAGCUGCACCGCUUCAUGGCCAUGAACGAGGAGCUGCGGCAUAAGGUGGCCGUGGUGCAGGCGCAGCUCAAGAGCGCGCUGGAGAGGAAGCAGGACCUGGAGGCUACAAUGCUGCAAACCCAGAAGGAAAUGAGCAGGAGGAGCAGGACCACCUCGGAGGUCCAGGAGCCAAAGGCCGGCCCGGAAGGAGCACCAGCACCUAAUGAGGAGCAGCAGCAGGACACAGAUGCAGGCAGGAGCCCUGCUCACUGCUGCUUCUCCAAGGAGGAGCUGCAGCAGAUCCUGCAAGAACGGAACGAGCUCAAGACCAACCUGUUCUUGGUGCAGGAGGAGCUGGCCUAUUACCAGAGGGAGCUGCUGAACGAAGAGAGAGUUCCUGGCUUCUUCCUGGAUGCAAUGAAGUCGACUAUCAAAAGACAGAGAAAAAAAAUCAGAGCCAAAAUGCUGGGAACGGCAGAGGAGUCAGCGAGCAGCGAAGAAGAGGAGGAUUCCUGGCUCCCAGCUCAUGGCACAGAUGACGUGGAUGCUCAGCCUCCCGAAUCCAAAAUUAGGAGCUUUUUUGGGCAGUGGUAUCAGAGCAACAGCAAAGACCCCCCCACAUCCAGCUGCUCUGGAGCCUGGGAAAUCAUCGACUCACUGGACACGCAGCUGGAGCCCGAAGGAGAGAGUGAGCGGGCAGGCGGCUCCCCGGACAGAGCCUCGCCCCCCCUCUGACCCCACCUGAACGGGAGACAGAUCCAGCAGCACUUCCCAGCUCUCCCAUCGGCCUUGGCAGCAGCACAGCAGCCCUGGCCACUUCCCUGUGCCGUGGUGACCCUGAAGCUGCAGCCUGGGCAGCCUUCCUGCAGGCCACUGGGACACUUGGCCAUGGAAUGCCAGCCUGGCAUGGGACAACUCAGCUCCUUGGGCAUCUGUGCCCCUUCAUUGUGCCCGUGGCUUAACUAUGGGGGUCUUGCACAGCUGUACCCCCACUCUUCACCUCCAGUCUGCACCCACUUCCCACUGCUGUACCCCAAAAGGGCUCUUCUCAUCCGCUGGUGACUCUUUCCACUACCCACUUCUGCUCACAGCCAGGGAUCCCAUCACCAGAUCCUCCCCCAUUAGGGGUAUUUUGCUUCACCCCUUCCCACUCAUAUUUCAUCCUCCCCAUCCCUGCAAUGUGAAGGCCAGGUUGGGGUGCCCAGGCUGGCCAGGCACUGUCGUAGGGCUCCCGCGUGGCCAGGAGGGGCUGAGCACACUGCACUGGGUGUCCGGGUGCUCCCAUGUCUGGGAGCAGUUGGGAUGGCACCACUGGUGCCACUCCUGCACUCUUCAGGCAUGGGGUGAAUUGGUUUUGUACUGGGACCUCUUCCUGCUACUACUGGGAACUCUUAAGACUGGAAGUCCUUGUGUUCACGGGGGCAAGUCUGUCCUCUCGGGUCAGGGACCUCCUGGCUCUAGAAUUGGAGCUGAAAAUAAAUCAGUCUGGUUUCUCCUCUGA